CGCAACGCAGGUGCGAAAGAAGGAAACGAGAUGGAACCCAUCUCGGCACCACAAAAGUCAACAUGCGCAUCAAACCAAAGAGAAUUCAAAGAUUCGAACUUCAAACCGCCUCCAUCGCCACUUUUCUCCAUUCCGAUUAUAAUUAUUUUUAUUCUAACAAAUCUACAAUGAUUUCUUGGAACCUGGAGCCCAUUUUUACCGCAUUAACUUCUUCGUGUGGAACUCUUCGAGAAUUCGAAAGGGAGAGGCAAUAAAGGGAAAACGAGGAGCACCACCAUUAAAAAAAAGAGACGGCUUCCCUUGGCCAUUGGCUUCUUCUCUCCAUUACUCUCUCUCUUCCGGAUCUUGUGGAACGCGGUGGUUCGCUGGAUCUCUGAUAAAUUUGCUUUUUUUCUUUCCCCUGACAUCUGUGAGCAAGGAACGCUAGGAAGCGAGAGGAGCCCUACAGAGGGGCAGCGGGAUGGAAUCAAUGGCGGAGGCGAACGAAUCAGCUGCAGCUUCUAUUCCUGCGGCGACGAAUCCGAUGGUGACCCCGCUACUUACCGACCAGUACCAGUACACCAUGGCCUAUGCCUACUGGAAGGCCGGUAAACAUCGAGAGCGAGCCGUGUUUGAUCUGUUUUUCCGAAAAAGUCCUUUUGGUGGUGAAUACACAGUUUUUGGUGGUUUGGAAGAAUGCAUCCGGUUUGUUGCCAAUUUUAAAUUGGAAGACGAGGAAAUUUCUUUUCUGCAAUCCGUCAUGCCAAGAUGUGAGGAUGGAUUCUUUGAGUUUCUCAGACAAAUUGAUUGUUCAGAUGUUGAAGUUUAUGCCAUUCCUGAAGGUUCUGUUGUCUUUCCUAAGGUGCCACUAAUGAGAGUUGAAGGACCUGUUGCAGUCGUACAACUGCUUGAAACUCCAUUUGUAAAUCUUGUCAAUUUUGCCUCAUUGGUUGCUACCAAUGCAGCUAGGCAUCGUCUUGUUGCAGGAAAUUCUAAAACUCUGCUUGAAUUUGGUUUAAGGCGUGCACAGGGUCCUGAUGGUGGAGUGAGUGCCUCUAAAUAUUGUUAUAUUGGUGGUUUUGAUGCAACAAGCAAUGUUGCAGCCGGAAAAUUGUUUGGCAUACCACUUCGUGGGACACAUUCACAUGCAUUUGUUAGUUCGUUCACGAGCCUGAAUGAAAUUGUCAGCAGGGCACUCCAAUGCCGUGAUGGUACAAGUACUUGCAAGGAUUUUGUUAAUCUUGUGCAGACUUGGUUGAACAAACUUCAGCAUGCAGUAUCAUUGCGUGGGCUUACUGGUGCUACAAACGAAAGUGAACUGGCAGCCUUUAUAUCUUAUGCGCUGGCAUUUCCGCACAACUUCCUGGCACUCGUUGACACAUACAAUGUAAUGAGAAGCGGUCUUCCCAAUUUCUGUGCAGUAGCCCUAGCACUAAAUGAUUUAGGGUAUAAAGCAAGCGGAAUUAGGUUGGACUCCGGUGAUCUGUCAUAUUUGUCUAUUGAAUCUAGGAAGUUCUUUAAUGCAAUAGAGAAGGAAUUUUGUAUUGCUGGUUUUGGCAAAACAGCUAUAGCGGCCAGUAAUGACCUUAAUGAGGAAACACUCGAUGCCUUAAACAAGCAGGGGCAUGAGAUUGAUACUUAUGGAAUUGGCACCCAUCUUGUGACAUGCUAUUCUCAGGCAGCUCUUGGUUGUGUGUUCAAAUUAGUUGAGAUAAAUAAUCAACCUCGGAUGAAACUUUCUGAAGACAUUACAAAGGUCUCCAUACCAUGUAAGAAACGAUGUUUCCGAUUGUAUGGAAGAGAAGGAUUCCCUUUGGUAGAUCUAAUGAUUGGGGUGAAUGAGCCACCACCCAUGGCUGGUGAUCGCAUUCUAUGCCGUCACCCUUUCAUUGAAUCUAAAAGAGCCUACGUUGUGCCACAGCAUGUGGAGGAGCUUCUGAAAUGCUAUUGGCCGGGAAAGUCGCAUGAAACAAGAGAAGAGCUACCAUCCCUGCAAGAUAUCAGGAAUCAUUGCAUGCAGCAGCUGCAGAAGAUGAGGUCCGAUCAUAUGAGGAGGAUAAAUCCGACACCAUACAAGAUUAGUGUGAGCGGCAGGCUGUAUGACUUCAUCCAUUUUCUGUGGCUGAAUGAAGCACCAGUUGGUGAACUGCAAUGAUGCAUGGAUGUAAAUAGUUUCAAGAAUUAGACUGCAAUGAUCUCAUCCAAAAUUGGGAGAGCAUGUCAGCCUAUUCGGGUCAUGAUUCGUGUUGGGUUUUACCUGAUAAAAAUGCUUACCCUUUGCUAUGAUUUUUGAAAUGUGCUUUGUUCUGUAAUUUGUUUUUUAAAAAAUAUUCACAAAAUUUUGCUUAUUUGUAAUUAUUUGACCUUUAUAUUGAACAAACUAUUGCAAAAUCCUUGCUAUUCGUUAUCAAAGCAAAAUUUUGCUAUGUUA